CUUGACUUACUGUCAUCAACUGCUUUUCUGUAAAUUAAAAAAAAAAAUGACAAAUUCACCCAAACAUUUAACUAUAGAAAGAUACCUAGAGGAUACUAUUACUGAAUAUUUGAAAGAUCAAAAUGCUGCAGCCGAAUAUCCCUACAAUUUUGAUGCAAUAAAUGAAUUAGAACUACAAAAUGCCAGAGAACGAGACAAAACCUAUCAUAUUGUAGAGGAGGUACUUAAUGAUAUACUGGAAGAUGUUGAGAGAACAACUUUGUUUCAGGCAAAGUAUAAAGAAGCUUAUAAAGGACAUCAUCAGUAUCCCUUGUUUGAUCCUGAUGAUAUUUUACCAGGAUUUAUUUUAGAUGACGCUCUUAUACACCAACUAUGUUUUCGGGAAGCUCUUAUCAUAAGUAACAUCGAUGAACCAGCGGCUUCUGGAGAUGGUAAAACAAUGAAACCUAAGCCUGUUGGUGGGCUAUGUCUUAAAAUUGAAAUUGCCAAAGGAUUUCCUCCCUCUCAACAGAAAAGCGCCACAGAAAGUAAUAAAAAUCUUUUGGAGAGGAUAAAAAAAAUCAAACAAGAGUGCUUGCAACAAUCGAUGUUGUCUCCUUCUGAACGGGAAAAGGGAGAAACAGAAGAAGAGAAGUUAAAAAAUUAUGAAAUGUAUCUUAUGGAACAAAGCAAGUUGUUGCCAAAAAAAUUCGUCGUACAUUUGGCCUCCGAGUUUAACGUUGAAGGGAAAAACGCAGGUUCCAGGAUCGUUUCAUGGGUCGACACGUAUCUGCAUACUCUGGAAGAAAGAAGAACGGAACAUAUCCUCCAAGAUGAAAAAACCUUCGAUGAACAGAUCCUAUACUACGCCCUUCAAGACAAUAAAUAUUUUGUAAAACAUCGGGAAUCUUUUGAGGUAACAAGAGAAAACAGAAAAUACUACCCUUUAAUUAAAGCCAACAACCUGAUAGGAGAAGGGGCAAAUUUCAUUUUAAUGAGGUACUUGGCGAUAAAGAAGUAUAAGGGCACAUUUGAGCUAAGUACGAUGUACAUUAAUGGUGACUUAUGCAGGAAUAUUUAUGAAUGUCGUGGUCCUAAACCCGGCUGGAUUAAUGGAAUUCCUGUAGAAGUAUGUAAAAUAUACCGAACCAUUAUAGAACAAUGCGGAAUAGUACACCAGUCAGUGACAGUUUUGACAGUUUAUGGAUUGAUUAUAAGCCAAGAAUGGGAAGGUUGUCCCUACAUAAUACACAUUAAUCCCUUACAAAUUACUCAGGGACGUCCGGUGCCCUACGAUUAUUUAGCGUUAAAGAAAAUGUGGGAAAGCAAUAUGGAACUGCUUUCCAAGUUUAUGGAUUGUAAGAGUGAAGCAGAGAAGAAGAUGAAAACAUAUCUAAAAGAUCAUGAAGAGAUCAAAGAUAUGUUGGCUGAUUUUCUUCAGAGCGUUCUGCUAUUGAAACCGGAUAACAUAAUCCCUUUUACUAUAGAUUAUUUUUCGAACUUUGAAACACUCAACUUGCCCAAAAUGCCUUAUUUUAACGAAAUGGACGAUAGCAGGGACAACGAGGAUAUUGAGAUAUUGUGGUGAAAUGAUACUCUUAUUAACGGAUAAUAAACAUAGUAAUUGUGAAAA